AUCUCAGUGCCUACACAGCAGAUAGUACAUACACUAUACCAAUCUCGUCCUAGACAAGCCAUCCCUCAUCACCCCAAAUUAAACACACCACCCAUCUCCAACCCACCUUCACCCCCCUCAUCCACCACUCUCACCUCGGCACCACCAUGCCCUCCCAAACAGCCUUCAUCUCCGGCCCCAUCAACACCGGUCCCAAAGAAACCUACUUCCAAACACACUACCCACCCCUCCUCACCGCCGCCAUCGCCCGCAACGACUCCUUCGUCCUCGGCCCACUCCCCUACGGCGUCGACUACGAAGCCCUCUCCUACCUCCUGCAGUACCCCAUCCCCCCGACGCGAAUCACCGUAUUUGUGACCUCGCGGGAAGACAGUCUCUGGGGAUUGCAGUUGCGUGCGUUAGGUGUCAAUGUACAUGUUGUCGAGGGGGAUAGUACCCGGGAUCGGGACGCCGCUAUGACUGCCGCCAGUACGUAUGAUAUUCUGAGGAUUAGGACGGAGGAGGAGGCGAGGGAGGUGUAUGGGGAGUUGUGUAGGGAGGGGUAUGUGACGAAUACGGAGAGGAAUUGGAGGAGGAGGAGGGGUGUGGGAGAGGAUGAGAAGGUGGAGGCGGAGGUUGUUAAUGGGGAUGUUAGGGCUGGGUUGGGUGUGAAGGAGAAGAAGAGGAGGUUUCUGGGGAAGGCUUUGGGAAGGUGAGAGGUGUCGAGUUUUGAAUUGGG